GGGAUCUUAUCAACUUAAGUUUUUUAUUUCAUUUCAUCUCAUUUUUAACGGUAUUAUUAUACUAAUUUUGAGUAGAAAAACACAAAUGGAUGAUGAUUGAUGAUGUGUCUGUGUGGAGAAAUCAAAUCAGAGAGAGAAAAAUGGGUUUGAUUUCCAACAGAAUUGAAAGACAUGAGAUCAAACCCGGUGACCAUAUCUACACAUACAGAGCUGUUUUCACUUACUCUCAUCACGGAAUUUUUGUUGGGGGGAGCAAGGUUGUACAUUUCAGGCCUGAUCGAAACUUCAAGUCAAUCACCGAGACAUCUUCGAAUUUUGACGAUCCAACGCCAACCCCGUGUCCAACCUUUCCUGAUUGUGGAUUCCGCCAACCAAAUAGUGGAGUAGUUCUUUCUUGCCUAGACUGCUUUCUUCGAAACGGUUCUCUUUACUGUUUCGAUUAUGGAGUUUCGCCAACAGUUUUUCUUACCAGAAUAAGAGGUGGCACGUGCACUACCGCGUUACCUGACCCCCCUGAGACCGUUAUCCAUCGAGCAAUGUAUCUCCUUCAAAACGGUUUUGGUAACUAUGACGUUUUUCAGAACAACUGUGAGGAUUUUGCAAUGUACUGCAAAACUGGUCUUUUGAUUAUAGAGAAGCAAGGAGUUGGAAGAAGUGGUCAAGCUUCUUCUGCUAUUGGUGCUCCAUUGGCUGCAAUGCUUUCUUCUCCUUUCAAAUUAUUAAUGCCAAAUCCUGUCGGUAUCGCUACGGUAACAGCGGGAAUGUACUGCGUGAGUAGAUAUGCAACUGAUAUUGGUGUUAGAAGCGAUGUGAUCAAAGUCGGGGUAGAAGACUUGGCCGUGAACUUGGGAUGGAGGACUUGUUCUGAUGAGGAGGAGGAGUCAAGACUUGAAAAGAUGGCUGAAGUGGAACCUAACUCUCUCAACUAUAUUCCAGAGAUUAUACCGAAGAAGAGGAAAAACAGUGAAACAUUUGAAUUGACAAAAAAGGCGCAUUUCCAACAAAAAAGGAGAAAGUUCCUUUGACGGAUAAUAACAUUAUUGAACAGGAUCGACAACCGAUACAAGGAUGGUGGAGAUGCAGGGAGCUGUGAGGAUCUCAUCAACGAACUCGUUAGUAAAAUGAACUAAUGUAGGUUUCUUGCACAGUAUACUAUGAGAGUUUUAAUGGUUUGUUAUGUCUCUUUGAUUUUUUACG